AUGACUUUGGAAAAAUCAUCGUUGAAUAGUGAGAAUUAUGGACAUAUUGAACAGGAACAACAUUUUGAAGGUGCCGCUGUGGGUGAGAUUCAAGAUUAUAAGCUGGAGGAUAUAAUGACGCCUAAAGAGUCCGAGGUGAACCCAUUUGAUGUUGAGCAUGGUGCUGCAAGUGCCACUAAUAGCAACAAUAACAAUCAUGAAGGUCUCAAUUUAGAUGAUGAUGUGGAUAAUGAUCAUAAUGAUGGCGCGGUAGAGGUCCAAGAUCAACAGGAGAAAGUUGAUGAUGAUGUUAAUGGUGUUAAUAGUCAAUUACCAUCAAUUGAAGAACAAAGAAGUAUCAUAACAGGUUUAUUACAAAAACAAAGUGAUUUAACUGAAGGAUCUGAAUUAAGAGCUAUUAAUGAAACUUGGUUUGAAGCGUUUCAAAAUAAUGAAUUUAAAGAUCAACAAGAUGCCUUAAAACAAUUAAGUCCAAUUAAUACAUCUCAUAUAAUUGAUAAAAAUGGUAUAUUUGCUGAUCCACAAAGUUAUCCAUAUAUUGCCAUCUCGGUAGAAAUUUUUGAUACACUUGUAAGUUGGUAUUCAUUGGCUGAAGGUUCAAAACCAGUUGUGACAUAUGCAAUUGAGGUUGGAAAUCAAUUAAUGCCAGAAUUUUCAAAACCAUAUUUCCAAUUACAUCAUUUAGUUGUUGAUACACAAACCAACUCAACAGGUCAUAGUUUCAGUUUAAAUUUAAGUCAUACACCAAUUCCAAGCUUUACACUAUCGGUAUUGAAUUCUUGUUAUGACCUCGUACAAAAAUGUAUUGAGUUAUUAAAUCAACAUGUAAACCCAGCAUAUCAUCAACUUUCGGAUCCUCGUGAUGUUAAGUAUAAAGUAUGGGUUGUCUCUGGUGAUAAUCUCAAGAAUUAUGAAAUUCCACUGAGUAAAUUUGAAAAUCUUGCACAAAGAGUAUUGAUCAAGAAAGAACAUCAUCAAACUCUUUUGAAAUCAACACAACUAAGAAACGCACAUUUAGUUAUUGAAAAGAAAAUUACAAGUCCAGGAACUAAAAGUUAUUGGCCUUCAGAUUUUAAUAUCCAUUUUCCAGCAACUCCAUCAAAUGGAUGUAUAGGUUUAACGAAUUUGGGUAAUUCUUGUUAUAUGAAUUCUGCUUUACAAUGUCUUGUGCACAUUCCAGAAUUGACUCAAUAUUUUCUAUUUGACUGUUUUGAAAAUGAAUUGAAUCCUGAUAAUCCUUUAGGUUUCAAUGGUGAUAUUGCAAAAUCUUUCGGGAGAUUGAUACAUCUAUUAUUUGAUAAAAAAUCUUUUAGAAAUUCUGCUAUUGCGCCAAGAGAUUUCAAAAACAUUAUAGGUCGUUAUAAUUCAAUGUUUCAUGGUUAUCUACAACAAGAUUCUCAAGAAUUCUUUGCAUAUUUAUUAGAUGGUUUACAUGAAGAUUUGAAUAGAAUUAUCAACAAGCCAGCAACUGAAAAACCAGAAUUGAAUUCUAAAAAUGCUACUAUCGAAGAGGUACAAACAUUAGCAGAACAAAGUUGGGUCCAGCAUAAACUUCGAAAUGAUUCGGUGAUUAUUGAUUUGUUUGUGGGUUUAUAUAAAUCUACACUAGUCUGUCCGGAUUGUUCAAAAGUCUCAAUCACAUUUGAUCCAUUUAGUGAUUUAACUUUACCUUUACCAACAGAAACAUUUUGGAGUUUUAAAAUAUUACUGUUUUUAGAUAAAGGGCCCAUGAAAUCAUUUGAAGUUGAACUACCAAAAGGUGCAUCAUAUAAUAAGUUGAAACAAUAUGUUGCUGAAAAACUGUCCUUAAAUGUGAAUUAUUUGGCUGCUAUGGAUAUCUUUAAUGGUCAAUUUUACAUGAAUUUUGAAGAUCCUGUUUCUAAAUCAGGAUACCUUCCGGUGUCUGAGUUGUUUAGUGAAAAUGAUUGUAUCAUUUUUUAUGAGAUACCACAUGAAAAAGAUGAUUUAAUCGUUCCUGUUGUUAAUACCAAAACCGCUUCAAAUUCUAAUAUUCCAUCUUGUUUUGCAUAUCCAUUUUUUAUCACAUUGAAACCAGAAGAAACCAAAUCAUUUGGUACUAUUAGAAGAAAGUUGGAAGAAAGAUAUGAACAAUUGAGUAGUUAUAAAUAUUUUACAAAAGUUCGUGAAAAUCAAAAUAAUAAGUCUUUCACAAUUCAUGAUUUCCCAUUAUUAUCCCAAUCAUCUGGAUCUGCAGCGUCAGAGCAAUCUAAUAAUGAAGAUGAAGGUUAUCAAAGUGAUGUUUCGUUAGCUAAUCCAGAAAUUUCAGGUGAUUAUGCUUUUAAAGUCAAAGUUCAUGAUGCAUCAAAAGUGAAAAUAAGACAAAGAAGAACAAUCCAUUCACUUGGAAACAAUUCAAGCUUAACUACAUCAGAAAAUCAAGACGUUAUCUACGCACCAAACCUAAAUAAUGAUUUUACAAAUUUACCAGAUCUUUUGGAUUUUGUUCCUGAACCAAAAAGAUCAUAUUACACAUAUGGACAUAAAUUAGAUAUUGAUAACUCAACAAAUAGUGAUAUAUCAAUUGAUACACCAAUUUCAAGCUCCAAUGGAACCAAGGUUGAUUCUUCAUCUUCGAAUUUGGGUUUUAUAGAGGCUAAUAUUCCUGAAGCUUCAAAAAAUGGUGAAAUAAAUCAAAUAUCUUCAAACGAUGAUGAGGAAACCACACCAGAAGUUGAUAUGGCAUUGGAUAUUGCCUCGGGUAAUAAUGAUGAUAACAGUGAACCAGGAUUGUCACCUUUGUUUGAUACUAAAAACUCAUCAGAAGAAGAUGGAAAUCUUGUGCCAAUUUCAGAAACAUUAGGUUCAGUUCAGGCUGUUACUGAAUCAUCAGCAUCAACAAGGUCAUCAUCUGAUGAAUCACUAAUUAAACAUGGUCGUACCGCACUUGUUUGUGAAUGGACUUCAGAUUCUUAUGAUACAUUUUUUUCAGGUUUAGAUGAUGAAUGUGAAGGUGGUACAAAUUUAUGGGAAAAUCUUGAAGCUAUAAGUAAUGAGGAAGUUGAAGUUGCUAAAAAGAGAAGAAUUGAUACUAAAAAUGAAAGUAUAAGCUUGGAUAGUUGCUUGAAAACUUUUUCCAAACCAGAAGUUUUAGGUGAAGAAGAUUUAUGGUAUUGUUCUGAUUGUAAAGAACAUCGUCAAGCAUCUAAACAAAUCUCAAUUUGGUCAACACCAGAUAUUUUAACAAUUCAUUUGAAAAGAUUUACAAGUCAAAGAAGCUUUAGUGAUAAGAUUUCAAAAGUUGUUAAUUUCCCAAUUGAAGGUUUCGAUGUUUCACCAUAUAUUUCAAGUCCAGUUAAUUCAAAUGAAGAAACAAUUUAUGAUUUAUUUGCUGUUGAUAAUCAUUGGGGUGGUAUUUCAGGUGGUCAUUAUACUUCCAAAGUUAAAAAUUUUGUUGAUAAUCAAUGGUAUAAUUAUAACGAUUCUCAUGUCUCACCAACAUCUGUUGAAGAUUUGAUUUCUGCUGAAGCAUAUCUUUUAUUUUAUAGAAGACGUUCAUCUAACAAUUUGGGUAGUGCUCAAUUAUCAGAAGCAAUUGAAAAAGGUAGAGAAGAAUAUGAAGAAUAUGAAAGAGAUGAACUGAGAUUACGUCAAGAGUUUUAUGAAGAUAAUAGAGAUAGUAGCUCAGAUGAAGAUGAAGAUGAAGAAGAACAUGAGCAGGAACAUGAACAAGAACAAGAUUUAGAAGAUGUUACAUCAUCUGAAGAAGAAGAGGUAUCCAGUAUUCAUGUUGGAUCAGAUAUUGAAGAUGAUGAAUCAGCUACACGUCGUAAACAAAGAGUACUUGGUCGUGGUAAAAGAUCUUUACUGAAUGAUAAUUAUGUUCAAUCAGAUAUUGAUACAUCAGCUAUAGGUUCACCAAAUUCUGUUAUUUCAGAUGAUCCAAUGUCAGAAUAUAGUACAUCACUGAAUGUUCCCACAUCAGUUAUAGGUUCAAGUGUGAAUUCACCAAGACCUGGUACAUAA